CCGACUGACCCCGGCGAGGGCGGGCAGUGUUAGUUCCGCUGGGCUGCUUUUUGGUACGCUAUCAGGCGGCUUGCAGGCUGACGUCUUCUCGGGAUGGAGCACAUCCGUACAACUAAGGUUGAACAAGUGAAAUUACUUGACAGAUUCGCUACCAGCAACAAAUCAUUAACAGGAACAUUGUAUCUUACUGCUACACAUCUUUUAUUUAUAGACUCUCACCAGAAAGAAACCUGGAUAUUGCACCACCAUAUUGCUUCUGUGGAGAAACUGGCUUUGACCACUUCUGGAUGUCCACUUGUAAUUCAGUGCAAGAACUUCAGGAUUGUGCAUUUUAUUGUUCCCAGAGAAAGAGAUUGCCAUGACAUUUACAACUCUUUGCUACAACUGUCAAAACAAGCAAAAUAUGAAGAUCUCUAUGCAUUCUCUUAUAAUCCAAAACAAAAUGAUUCAGAGCGAUUACAAGGUUGGCAGCUCAUUGACCUUGCUGAGGAAUAUAAGAGGAUGGGCGUGCCAAAUUCAAACUGGCAGUUGUCUGAUGCCAACCGAGAAUACAAGAUAUGUGAAACUUACCCCAGAGAACUUUAUGUUCCCCAAAUGGCAAGCAAGCCAGUAAUAGUUGGUAGUUCCAAAUUCCGGAGCAAGGGAAGAUUCCCAGUUCUUUCCUACUAUCAUCAAGAGAAGGAGGCUGCCAUUUGUCGAUGUAGUCAACCACUGUCAGGAUUCAGUGCCAGAUGCCUGGAGGAUGAACAUUUGCUUCAAGCCAUUAGUAAAGCCAACCCAGUGAAUCGCUAUGUGUAUGUUGUGGAUACCAGACCCAAACAUCGUAUGCAGAGCUGGUGGGCUUCACAAAAGGACAUUGGCAGAAUUAUAGUGAGGAUUUCUUCAAAAAUCUGGAAUGAUGAGAAAAUAAGAGAAAGCGAUGAGAAAAAGCGACUGAAUGCAAUGGCCAACCGGGCAGCUGGAAAAGGUUAUGAAAAUGAAGACAACUAUUCUAACAUUAGAUUUCAGUUUGUUGGAAUUGAAAAUAUUCAUGUAAUGAGGUCCAGCCUUCAGAAAUUACUGGAAGUCAGUGGCACCAAGGGUCUUUCUGUCAAUGAAUUCUACUCUGGCUUGGAGAACUCAGGAUGGCUUCGUCAUAUCAAAGCUGUGAUGGAUGCUGCAAUCUUUUUAGCCAGAGCAAUAAUGGUUGAAAGUGCAAGUGUAUUGGUACAUUGCUCUGAUGGGUGGGAUAGGACUUCCCAGGUUUGUUCUCUUGGCUCUCUCUUACUGGAUUCCUACUACAGAACGAUCAAAGGAUUCAUGGUUUUAAUAGAAAAGGACUGGAUUUCCUUUGGACAUAAGUUUUCAGAUAGGUGUGGCCAUUUGGAUGGUGAUGCAAAGGAAGUCUCACCGGUGUUUACUCAGUUCUUGGAAUGUGUGUGGCAUUUGACAGAACAGUUUCCACAGGCCUUUGAAUUCAAUGAAGCAUUUCUUCUUCAGAUCCAUGAACAUAUUCAUUCAUGUCAAUUUGGAAACUUCCUUGGAAAUUGUCAGAAGGAAAGAGAAGAACUCAAGUUAAAGGAGAAGACUCACUCUGUGUGGCCAUUUCUUUUGGAUGAUCAAAAGAAGUACUUAAAUCCUCUCUACAGCUCUAAAUCUCAGAAAUUUGCGGUUUUGGAACCAAACACAGUAUCUUUCAAUUUCAAGUUUUGGAGGAACAUGUACCACCAAUUUGAUCGAACACUGCAUCCUAGACAGUCGGUAUUUAAUAUAAUUAUGAAUAUGAAUGAGCAAAACAAGCAGUUAGAGGAAGAUAUUAAAGACUUAGAAUCUAAAAUGAAGCAAUACAAAAAGAAGCAAGCAGAUGAAGUUCUAACCAAGGAAUUGUUACAUUCAGUUCAUCCGGAAUCACCUACACUCAAAGCUUCACUGUGUUUUAAGGAACAAACUCUGUUACCGGUGAACGAUGCACUUCGAACUAUAGAGGGCAGCAACCCAGCAGAUAAUCGUUACAGUGAAUACACUGAAGAGUUUUCCAAAUCAGAACCUGCUGUGGUCAGCUUAGAGUAUGGUGUAGCAAGAAUGACUUGCUAGACAGAGUAUUUUCUGGACUAUUACAAUGGAAGAAGUGGAUUAUUGUGAGGAUGAUAUGUGCGCUUGAGCAAAAGUAAUUUGUCUAAUAAUGAUCUUAGAGUUAACAGUUAAUAGUUGAAGAAAGAAUAAUAACUGCUCUUGUGAGAGACAUAAGUCAGUUUAAUUGACUUUCAGUUUUGUAAGAAAUGUGUGGUCUUGGUGGAUUCACUCAAAAUACAAUUUGUACUCUAUAGCAGUGAAUUGACAUUUCUAUAUCAUUUAUAUGUUAAUUACAGCCAAACAUAAAUGGCCUUCCUGAAGUAUAAUUUAAUUUGCAGUAAGCAAAACUUAACAAAGUGGCCCCUUAAUUGAAAUGGCAUGUAUUUUGAUUAUGUAACUGAAUAUUUACAUUUUGCCUACUAGUGAUAUUUAAUGUUGACGUGCCAUGAAAAAUAUUUAUAAGGAAGCCUUAAAAAUCUCAGUUUAUUCUUUACACUUAAGUUUUUUAAAGCCUAGAAUAAGAUAUUUUUGUUUGACCAACCUUGUUUUACUUGUUUUAUUUGUAAACAGUUGUGCUCUGUAACAGCAAUUGCAUGCUAUAAUAUGCCUAUAUAAACAAUUGCAGAAGUACACUACUCAUGUAAUGUUUAGGAGGUCCCAAGUCUAUAUUCAGAAUUAACAAAACUGAAGGUUUUAUUCUGAUUACAAUUUGUUUAGUGCUACAUUUGAUAAUUUAUAUAUAUAUAUAUAUUCAGUGCUCUUAUAUAUAACUAUAUAUAUAUAUUAUAUAUAAGAACAUUGUCUUUUUUGUAUGAAUUACUGCAUUCCAUUGAUUCUUAUUUUGUGGUUGACUUUAUUCCUGUGGCAACUAAGUUUAAAGUGUUCUAACUGAAACUGUUUUUAGAAACAUUGUACAUACAUACAUAUUUUUUAAACUGCUUUAUCUCUCAAUGAAUUGCUGUUCCUAGAAUAUCUAACUUAAAUUUACCCAAAAUUUUGAAAAUGAUGUAAAGGAAGUACAAAUGGUUAGAUUUGAAUUGGUUGAAUGAGUUUUAAAGCAGUUAUUCUGUGGAACAUUUUUUUCUUCUCUUUUAGUAGAGAAGAGUAAAAAAAGGAAAAUUAAGGGCAGCCAAGUACAAAGUUAAAUGUUUGACAAAAGCUAGAUGCUAGGGGAGUUUUGUUUUACCAUAUUAACUGUUUAUUCUAUGAACUAAUACAACCUUUAAGUCAUUUGCAGUUGACAGUAUCACUCUUGGGCUUUCAAAUUGCAAGUUUAAUAACCUGAGUGGCAUGAGGUAUGAUUAAGAAUACUAGGACCUCUGCAUAGGAUCCAUCAAGUAGCUCUUUAUUAUACCUAUGUCUGUUAUAUUAGUUUUGAACACAAACAUUUUUUUCAAGUGGAAAACAACUUUAUUGUAUGACAGCUUAUCUAACCCUGUUUAUUUUUCCCAUGCCUUUCUGUAACAUGUUGUAUAAUGAGAAAAUUGUUCCUUUUAAACAGUAACAGAAAUACACUAUAAAAUAUA